GUGAGCGGAGGGAGGAGGAGGAGGAGGGGUCUGGGGUUCGGAGGGGAGAAGGCGACCGAGAUUUGCUUCUCGCCCUCUCCGUCUUCUUCCCAGGAUGCCCACCGGACCGCCGGAAGGGCCGGCGUCGAGGUCGGGCCGGGGGUGGCCAGCGCGGAGCUGCUGCACUAGCUAAGUUUUGCGGCGGAGCGAAGCAAGAGCCAAGCCGCGGCGCGCCAGAGAAGUUUGCAAGUUGCGCAGCCCGCGGGCUCGGCUCCCUGGUCCCCCCGCUGCCCCGGUACCGCUUGGGAAGGCCGCUUUCGUGCCCCGAGAGACUGGCUGGCUGCCGCGGCCUCGGAGGGAGCCUUGGCCGGGCUCCUCGGAGGGAUCGGGAAAGCGGGCAGCAGCCGGCGCAGCCAUGGACGGCGUCUCCGGCCUGGGCUCGCCGGCCCUGGAGAAGAACGUGGCCGAGCUGACCGUGAUGGACGUGUACGACAUCGCGUCGGCGGUGGGCCAGGAGUUCGAGCGGCUCAUCGACCAGCACGGCUGCGAGGCCAUCGGGCGCCUCAUGCCCAAAGUGGUGCGCGUGCUGGAGAUCCUGGAGCUGCUGGUCAGCCGCAACAACAUCAACCCGGAGACGGAGGAGCUGCGCCUGGAGCUCGACCGCCUCCGCCUGGAGAGGGUGGAUCGCAUCGAGAAGGAGAGGAAGCACCAGAAGGAGCUAGAGCUGGUGGAAGACGUCUGGAGGGGGGAAGCUCAAGAUCUCCUCACCCAAAUCGCCCAGCUUCAGGAAGAGAAUAAACAGCUGAUGACCAACCUCUCCCACAAGGAUGUCAACUUCUCGGAAGAAGAGUUCCAGAAGCAUGAAGGCAAGUGGGGAAUGUCUGAAAGGGAAAGGCAAGUGAUGAAAAAACUGAAGGAAGUAGUAGAUAAACAAAGGGAUGAAAUCAGAGCAAAGGACCGUGAACUUGGUCUUAAAAAUGAGGAUGUAGAAGCCCUUCAGCAACAGCAAAACAGGUUAAUGAAAAUCAAUCACGACCUUCGCCACAGAAUCACGGUUGUGGAGGCUCAGGGAAAAGCUCUGAUUGAGCAGAAAGUAGAGUUGGAGGCCUACCUCCAGACCAAGGAGCAAGAGAUGGGAGCACUGAGGGCUGAACUUGGAAAGCUCCGAGAAAAACUGCAGGGAGAGCCGAGUCAAAAUGGAGAAGAAGUCCAGGCCGAAGAACCAAACAACGAUGAAUACAUCUCUGAAUCUGAGAAGAUAGCCAUGGAUUUGAAGGAUCCCAACCGUCCGAGGUUUACAUUGCAAGAGCUGCGGGAUGUUUUGCAUGAGAGAAAUGAACUGAAAUCUAAAGUUUUUCUGCUGCAAGAGGAGCUUCUCUAUUAUAAGAGUGAUGAGGCUGAUGAAGAAAUGAGGUCUCCCCAACCCACAACCAUUAUUCAUUCAAAACCAUCCACUCAGCAGGAAUCUGGAAUCAAACGACUGUUUAGUUUCUUUUCCCGGGAUAAGAAACGGAUGCCAGCGAUGCAGAGAAAUGCCUCCUUCCAGAGUUCCUUUGGCGAGUGGGCCAACUCUAACAAAGACGAUGCAUACACCGAACAAGGCCUGGAGGCCCUACAGCACCUGUGACUGGAGCCCAGGGAUUUCGGUUGCUAUGGUAACAGCACAAGAAAAUAUGAAGGAACUUGUCUAGUGGAUUGUGGCCCCUGGAUAUGGCUCUCCUUCCCGUUCCCAACCCCUUCCCCAGUUGGAAUGAGGGGUUUCUUUUUCCACACAGAAUCCCUUGAUGUUUACUUGGCGACUGUACUCCGAAAGCAAGAUCCUAGGGCCUCUGUGGAAGCAAUGGCUUUGCAUACUCUACUGUAGCCACCCUGCAGGGUUGUUGCUGUGUGAAUUUAACAAGACUGUGGGUUGUUUUUGAAAGCUUGCAUUCACUUCACUUAACGAAAACUCACUUUAAACCAAAAAAAGAGAUCUAUGUUGUUGCUGAAGAGUUGCAUUCAAGGUCCCGCUAACGCCUGAAGACUCCCCUUGCCCAGUUUAUUGGGGAUGGGAACUUCGUCGUGGUCAUUCAGCCGUCAUCUUCCUCUAAUGAUUGUUCUAGAGAAGAGGCGUCUAGUCGUAGCUGUCAUGCUCAAAUGCAGGUCCUCUUUGCAGCAGAAGCAGCAACUUCCUUUUGCAGGAAUGAAUCCAUGGUGGGAAAUGACUAAUGCAACAUACUGGAAUUGGAUCGCCUUCCAAAUGGAUCAGGACUAUGUAUUAUUAUUUUUGGUUUGUUAUUUAUAGUGCCUAAAGCAUGGUGUACAAGGUGAUGGUGCCUUGCAUUUUUGCUAUGAACUUUCUGGUGUAUUAAUGGAAACUAAACAUCUGAAAUUUAUGCUAACCCUUUUAAAAAUUCCUCCUUGUAUCCUAACCUCUUCCCCCUCUGUCAUUGUGAGGGCAGUCUCUUCUACAGAAAACACAGGUGUUGGCUCUUCAAUAGCUUUGGGAACAAAAAUCAGUUUUGAAACAAAUUUUGCCUAUAUGGAGCCCGCUGCACACUAAAUGUUUAAAGUAGUGUCCCCCUCAAGAAUCCUGGGAACUAAUUGGCUACAGGUGCUGAGAGUUGCUAGGAGACCCCUGACCCCUCCACAGAGCUAUAAUUUUCAGACUUCCUGGGAAGAAGGAUUUAUUGCUAAACCAUUCUGGGAAUUGUAGCUCCAUGAGAGGAAUAGACAUCUCAUAACGACUCUCUUGUAACAACUCGCAGCACCCUAGAGUUCUUAUGGAGAAGCCAUGACUGUUUAAAGGGGUAUGAUAUGGCUUUAAAUGUGCCCCUUGAGUGAUCAGCGCUGGGGAUCCUGCUCACAGUAGGGCUAUGCCUGAGGUGGCUUUGCUACACGGUUCAUGAUCUAUCGAUGUGACGACACGGCCAUCAAACUGCCACACUGCUUGUGUCUGAGUUUUUUCACCUAUGUGGGUAAUGAACAUGCUUGCCUUCCUCCAAGGCUUUUUGUGCCAUUUGGCAAGGUCAGGAAAUAUAUUUUCAAAGUUGAUGUAAGGAGUCUCCAUGCUUAAAAAAACUGUGUGAUGGAGUCUGCUCAUAACCUCUGGGGUUCCAUGGUUGAUGUGGCCAAUGGCUGUGCCCCCAACCCUGUCGACCACCCAUUUGGCAUUACAGUGAGAACAAAUGAAACUGGCAACAAAAUGUUGCAGUAUCCCCCCCCCCCAGCAGGCGUGUUCCUCCAAGAAGGUCCCUCCUCAUCCUACCAUUUUCCUUAUUAUUUUUCCAACUGGCAUUCAACAUUCCAAGGCUAGUAAGCAUGCUCCAUCUUCACUGGGCUUUAUUUAAUAGGCAGGCAGGAGUUACCCCCUUAAGCUUUUCAAAAAAAGAGAGGGAGGGUGUUUUCUCGUACUUUUGCAAACCUCUGGGUUUCCCAGAGUGUAUUGUUACUUCCCUCUUGUUUCUCAGCAAUCUCAUUUUGGCUCUGUUCAUGCUGUCGCUCAUCACCUGUGUUUGUUAUGAAAUGGAAUGAUGUUGUGUGUGUAGGGCUCCCCCCCCCACCCCAAACUCAGUGGGAACUUGAUUGGUCAUUGUUCAGUGUCGGUCAAUUGUUCCAUUUUGGUGUAGUAGCUAACUGCCAGCUUUCUGCUUCCCCCUCACAUAUCCAUUGGAGAUAAUGCAGGGGUUUGUGCAAACCACACAGUAUAUUAGCUAAGACUUUGAGCUGGAUGGUCCCCUGUUCAGACCUCGCCUUUACAAUGAACCUACUUAGUGGCCUUAUGCAAGCUGCUAGUCCCUCAGCCUCACAUCUACAAUACAGGGAUAAAAAAUUCUGGACAACAAAUCCAUUGUGGACUGUUGUAAAGGUUAUCAAAAUUUAUCAAGCAUUUUUGUGAGUUAAACAUAAAUGCUAUACUGUAUAGAUAACAAUUACAUUUAUGGUUCUCAGCAGUGGGCUAUUAGCAUAUGUAGAAUACUAAUAGCAUAGUGAAUCUUCUCUAAAUAGCAGGGCCAGUGUAUAAAAUGCUUUUUAAAAAAAACAAACUUGCCAUUCUAGAACAUGGAAACAAACUAGCAUAGGGUUGUACCUGGGGUUGAUCAUAUGCAGAGUAGACCACUGAAAAUAAUGAAGUGACUAACUUAGGUCCAUGAAUGUCAAUGGGCCUUCCCUCAGCAGAACUUAGCCGGAUGCAACCCUGAAGUUCCACUGACCUUUGAGCUAAAAACCACUUUAACUCUGAUAAUUCCUGUCUUAAUUUGGUUGCAGAAAGAGCAAGCCAAGAUUUCUUUCUGGUGGCCUCUGAUGAUCAUAGUACUCUAUUUAUAUAUAAAGGGAUGCUGGUAGUAUUGGUAAGACUCCUUUGCCACUGUUUUUAAGUGGUGUGGGCACUCCCAAGUAUCUCUUGAGCUGCCACUGUCAAUAACAGCCCUGCAAUUAAGCCGUAAGGGUUUUUACUUACAAUGUUUUUCCAACUGGAAGAGUUCUUAUCUCAUGUGAAAGACCCUCUUCUUGGAACAGGGCCUGGUGUUGCCUGGACCCACCUGAUCCUUAAAGAAGCCAUGACUUGUCAAUAUGUGGACAAAACAAAUCUUUUCCUGUUGGAAUAAACCUGUUUAAAGCAAGUGAUCGUAAACUUGAGGGACACUUGUUCCAGUAAUUUCAGCACACAGGACAGCCUGUGCUGACCUAGUGCCCUGCAGAUUCUGUUGGACUACAGAUUCCAUCAGCCUCCAGCCUGCAGGUGGGAGUUGCAGUUGAACAACAUCUGCACCAGGUCAGUGAAGGCUGAAUUAAGGCAAUAACUUCAUUAAACCAACCAAAAUGGGUGGUAUUCAACUGAAUUAAACUCAAGAGUGGGGCCAUUUAAAUUAGUUGUGUGCUUUAUUUUCAGUGGGUCCAUUCUCAGCUGUGUCAAAAAACAUCAUGCAAAGCUUUUGAAGCCUCCAGUUGCAUCUAGGGAACUCAGAAGCUUCUGAGCACAGUGUUUUGUCCACAUUUUGGUUGGUAUAAUAUAUGUAUUGCUUUGUUCUAAUGUAUAUUAUGGAAUUACAGUGGUACCGUGGUUUACAACCAUAAUCCGUUCCGGAGGUCUGUUUGUAAACCAAAACAGGUUCUCAUCAGUCCCUUCUCUAGCAUGGCCAGUGACCAGGGAUAAUGGAAGUUGUAGACGGACAGUCUCAGGAGAGCCACAGGAUCCCCAGGCCUGUUUUAUCAGAACCAGUGAAAAUGUCAUGUUAUGAGCCUGCUUUUGAGUUCCAGAGUUUAGCUAUAUGCUAAACAAAGCAGGGCAGAGGGAGAUAAAAUACUACACAGUGCUAAAGCCUGAAAGCAACCCUGUAUUAUUUACCAACUUGCUUUGUAGCCAUAUGACACAAGACAUUGUGAGCAAGUUAGUGGGCUGGAGGAGGACAAGGGAUGGGCCAUGGUCCCUCCACCACUAGCCCAUUGGGUUUCUAUGGGAGCCAUAACAGAGUAAAAGCUGCUUUCAUGGGAAGCCAGAAACGAAAGUGGAGAUGGAUCAUUCGACCCCCCACCCCUGUGUAUUUCAAAAGAGCUUGCUAAGAUGCUAGCCUGUGUUUCCAAGCUUGAUACAGGACUGGUCAACAGAACAUAUUAACCCUUUAGGAAACCUAAAAAAUUAUGUGCUGGUUAGUACGUUUUGUGAGUUUAUUUAUUUACAGGGCUGCCCUACAAGCCUGCAGUUUUCAACAGUUGUGUGUACAAUUCCUCCCAGGUGCCACAAGCUGUGGAUUUCAGGACUUUAACAUCAUGCCAGUCAGUAGAGCAUUGACUCUUAAUCUCAGGGUUGUGGGUCCAAGACCCAUGUUGGGCAAAAGAUUCCUGCAUUGCACGGGAUUGGACUAUAAUUAUAUGACCUUUGUGGUCCCUUCAAACUCUUACAAUUCUUUGAUAUUUCUUCCCUCCCCAUUUCUUCUUAAAUUAGAAGUAUUUUGGAAAACUGGAAAGCAUUUUUUGUUGCUCCUAAUACAGAUUAGGUUUUGGAUUGUAUUUAAAAGCUCUUGGCAUGUAGCUCUUUUUUAAAACUCUAUUUGCUAUUUCUUGUUCUCUGACUGCUUGUGAAGAAGUGGAGAGAGCUGCCCCAAAUAUGCAGCUCAUCCAUUUUCCAUGGCUCUGUGAACAGAGGCACUCCCGUGUAUCCCAAGAACUCGACCUGUACAGCAACAUCAGCAGCUGCCUUCUGUCUGUGAGGUCAUCCUUGGAACGGCUUGUCUAUUAGGGCAAAUGGGGAUUGCCCCACCAGUCUCAGUCUGCCCUCAGCCGUUGCCAGCUGCCUGCCUUCUUAAAACCAGUCCAGGGAGAUGGCGCUUAGCAGGGAGAAUGGGGACAAAACUAUGGUUAGUUCCACUCUUUCAUUGGCUCCGGCUCCACCUCCUGUUGGCCUCCUGCUUCACAGCCUACCUGUCCUAAUGGACACCAGCCACUUGGGACUAUAGUAUGAAUGCAAUAGUGGAAAUCCUUGUUAAUAUUUUACAUGCUUUUAAGUGUUGCUGAAAUUGAGUUUUCCCGUAGUUCUAUAAUUUUAAAAGGGGGGUUGUUUUGCAACAACCUGAAUAAGCACUGCAAAGAUGCUUGUUUUGCAUAAUUUAUUACACUACAGGAGGGCUUAGGAAACACUUUCAACCCAAAGGCUGGAUUCAAACCCAACCAUGCUUCCAAGGGCCCAUUUCAAAGGUGUGGAGGGCAAAUAAAAAAACCCAGAAGAACCACCACCAAAACAAAUCACAAGUCUCCAUGCCAUAUAAAUCCCAUAUCACAGGGGUUGCCAAUGUGUUUUCAGUUCCCAGCAAGGCGCUAACAUCUCCCCAACUGUCAGACUUGAGCAUUCCCUUAAUGCAAUUGUCUGGUAAGGCUUAGCACACAAAUGUGCGAUAUGCAAAAGGAGUGAAUGUGUAUCUUUAAUAAAGAUUCAGAGUACUGUAAGGUAAAAAAAGGCAAUAAACAGCAUGUUUGGAGGGAAUGGGUGGGUAUAGGGCUAUGUUAACACUAGAUCUUUUUAAUAUUCUAAAUAAACUAUUUCUGGAUUAACAA